GGGUAUCAAAAGCUUCCCAAGACCUUCUCAUGUGCCACCACCAGCAUAAUGAAUCACCAGAAUGAUCAAUGCUAUGCUGACUUUUGCAAUGAGUGGUGUUGUGAUCUAGAAAAAGCAACGAAGAGGAAGAAGAAUGGUAUGUCAUUAUCAAAAGAAUUGGCAAGAGAAGAAGAUGGAUGUAAUGAAAGUUCCUUAAAGCUUCCAAGUAGUCCUCUGAAGAAGAAAGAAGAUGGAAUAAAGGAAGAGAAGAGCAUGAAGCAUUCCAAUUCAAGAAGAGAAGAAAAAUGCAUAGAUAAGAAGGAUGAAGGAGGUUAUGUACUAGCAAAAAUGAUGAAGGAAUUGGAAAUGAUGGAUCGGAGCGAUAUGGAACAUAUGUGGGAUGUAGAAGAGGCUCUUCACUAUUAUUCUCGUCUUAGAAGUCCAGCAUAUGUUGACAUUGUUGACAAGUUCUUCACUGAUAUGUAG